UCGUCGCCCGUUGUGUUUUUUUCUUCUUCAUGGAAAGAGCUUCACGGACGCUGUUUGGAACGAGCAGAGGCUCCGGCUGAGGGGAAGAGACGCACUCGGAGCUGGUGGCGCCAAGCCGGAGGCCCCGGAGCGUUGAGGCGGCGGGUUGCAUCUGAAAAGAAUAUGAACGGGUGACCCUUACCCUUAAAUUUUGGCUUCGUUUCCACUCGGUCUUGUCUAAAAUGGAGUACGAGGCCGAUCUGUUGAAUCCCGAGUGACUGGAUCCCAUCAUGAAAAAUGGAGAAAAAACGGAGAAAGAAAUGAGCCUGUGGAUUAGGCUUCAUCCGGAAAGACUAUGCAGACGAGACUUUUGCUUGGCUCGGACAAAACUUUUAACGCCGUCAACUUAAAGAGCUCUUAAAAGAGCAGUUUUCCCUGAAAUCAAGAGACUGGGGGUGGGGGUGGGGGUGAGAGAAAGAACUGAUUAAUGGAGGAUCACUGGGUGAAUUGAAUCCAUGGAAAUCUGGAAAUGAAACCUCCUCCUUGCCUGACCAUGCAGCUUGCAAACACCUGGUUGUUUCUAACGGCAAUCUUGCUCUGUGGCAAACAGCACCUGGGCACCAGGCUGGGGAAUUCCUCUCACGAAAGUCACUUAUGUCUCGACUGCUCUCAUCUGACCCUGAAGGUGGAAUUCUCCUCAACUGUUGUGGAACACGCAUCCACACUUCAAAAAUGUAAAAGAGAGGACAAACUGGACAAACGAGAGAACUUUGGAUGAUGGCUUGGGCCACGGGACCUUUGUUGCAGGCGUGAUCGCUAGCAUGAGAGAAUGCCAAGGAUUUGCUCCGGACUCCGAACUCCACAUAUUCAGGGUCUUCACUAACAAUCAGGUUUCAUAUACAUCUUGGUUUUUGGAUGCUUUUAACUAUGCUAUCUUGAAGAAGAUCGACGUGUUGAACCUUAGCAUUGGAGGCCCAGAUUUUAUGGACCAUCCGUUUGUAGACAAGGUAUGGGAAUUGACAGCCAAUAACGUUAUCAUGGUCUCUGCAAUUGGAAAUGAUGGUCCUUUGUAUGGCACACUCAACAAUCCAGCUGACCAAAUGGACGUGAUAGGAGUUGGCGGCAUUGAUUUUGAAGAUAAUAUCGCUCGGUUCUCCUCCAGGGGGAUGACCACAUGGGAACUUCCUGGAGGCUAUGGGAGAGUCAAGCCUGAUAUCGUGACUUAUGGCUCUGGUGUGAGAGGGUCUGGCAUGAAGGGGGGUUGCCGGUCACUCUCCGGGACAAGUGUGGCCUCCCCUGUUGUGGCAGGCGCCGUCACGCUUCUAGUAAGCACAGUUCCGAAGCGCGAAAUGGUGAACCCAGCUAGCAUGAAGCAGGCCCUCAUCGCCUCUGCACGCCGUCUUCCUGGAGUCAACAUGUUUGAACAAGGGCAUGGCAAACUUGAUCUUCUCCGAGCCUAUCACAUUCUCAACAAUUACAAGCCUCAGGCCAGUUUGAGUCCCAGUUACGUUGACUUGACGGAAUGCCCUUACAUGUGGCCCUAUUGCUCUCAGCCCAUCUACUACGGAGGCAUGCCCACCAUUGUCAACGUCACCAUCCUCAACGGAAUGGGAGUCACUGGGAGAAUCGUAGACAAGCCGGAUUGGCAGCCGUAUUUGCCCCAAAAUGGAGAUUACAUUGAGGUGGCCUUCUCCUAUUCUCCUGUCUUAUGGCCCUGGUCAGGAUAUCUCGCCAUCUCCAUCUCCGUCGCCAAGAAAGCAGCCGCUUGGGAAGGCAUAGCUCAAGGUCACGUCAUGAUCACCAUUUCCUCUCCAGCAGAGAAUGAGUCAAAAGUUGGUGCUGAGCAAACUUCAACCGUGAAACUCCCCAUCAAAGUGAAAAUUGUCCCAACCCCCCCUCGGAAUAAGCGCAUCUUGUGGGAUCAGUAUCACAAUCUUUGCUAUCCACCAGGAUAUUUUCCAAGGGAUAAUUUAAGAAUGAAGAAUGAUCCAUUAGAUUGGAAUGGUGACCACAUUCAUACCAACUUCAGAGAUAUGUACCAACAUCUGAGGAGCAUGGGCUAUUUCAUUGAAGUACUUGGCUCACCAUUUACAUGCUUUGAUGCCAGUCAAUAUGGAACAUUAUUGAUGGUGGACAGCGAGGAAGAGUAUUUCCCAGAAGAAAUAAUUAAGCUGAGAAGGGAUGUUGAUAACGGACUGUCGCUCGUGGUGUUCAGUGAUUGGUACAACACCUCGGUGAUGAGGAAAGUCAAGUUUUAUGAUGAAAACACAAGACAGUGGUGGAUGCCAGAUACCGGAGGAGCAAAUAUUCCAGCACUGAACGAUCUUCUCUCCGUCUGGGGCAUGGCCUUUAGUGAUGGGCUCUAUGAAGGAGACUUUACCUUGGAGAGCCAGGAAAUGAAUUAUGCCUCGGGAUGUAGCAUUGCGAAAUUUCCAGAAGAUGGCGUUGUCAUUGCACAGACCUUUAAGGAUCAAGGUCUGGAAGUUCUAAAGCAGGAGACGGCCAUUGUGGAACAUGUCCCCAUUUUGGGCCUUUUCCAAGUUCCUACAGAAGGUGGGGGAAGGAUAGUUUUGUACGGGGACUCGAACUGCCUGGACGACAGCCACCGACAGAAAGAUUGCUUCUGGCUGCUCGAUUCCAUUCUGCAAUAUACGUCCUACGGAGUGAUGCCACCGAGCCUCAGCCAUUCCGAACACAGACAGCGGCCCCCAACCGGGGCAGGUUACAUUCUUCCAGAGAGAAUGGAAGCAACCUUUGGAAACAUCAGAAGUUAUUAUCGAUCGACCUGGAUAAAGUUGCAUUGCCCAGCUUCCACCAGAACCGGCCUCAAGUAAGACCUUUAUCACCGGGAGAGAGUGGAGCAUGGAAUAUUCCAGGAGGAAUCAUGCCCGGACGCUACAAUCAGGAUGUGGGAGGGACGAUUCCCGUCUUCGCUUUCCUGGGUGCCAUGGUGGUUCUGGCCUUCUUUGUGGUGCAAAUCAAAUCCAAGAGCAGGCCAAAGAGGCGGAAACUUCGAGUCAAGCGGCCACAAAUCAUCCAGCCAGGCCACCCUCCGAAGACACCGUCCGUUUGAUUGCUGCAGCCAAAGACGAUCGCAUUUUCCCCUGACCGCUUUAUGGAAUUGCGACCGACUGCUAAAAAAGACCUUUGACCCGACCUAGCACCCAAUCUCCUUUUCUGCCUUGGGUGAUUGACGUCUCCAUGGAUGAUCUUCAGAUUAAAAAAAGAAAAUCCCACGCUAUUCUUUUUCAGUCGCUGAACUGACCGAAGGCUUAAACGCUAUUUAAAAAGGAGUCAGUUGCUUCUGAGUUUGGCAAGGAUCUUUUUUCCCCCCUUUUAACAUUGACCAAACCUUUUCAUGAGAGGCUAUUUUCUGUAUUUAUUUUCAGAAGGGGACCAGGGGAAAAUCCUCAUCAAGGCCCUUGACUCAACGGAUGGCGGCGCCAUUUUUUCCCCCCUUGAAUGGUGUGCCUUUUUUUAAAUUUUAUGUUCUCUCUUUAUGAAGACAAAGAGAACUCAGAUCAUCCCUCCUGUAAGGAUGAGAAAAGAAACCGACAGUUUGAACAAAGCAGGGACAGAAAAAUCGGGGUGGCUGAUUUGUCUGAUCAGGGUGGACCUGCAGUCCUUUCAUUUAUUUUUUAUAAAAGCAACUUACCAUGAGGUUUUGUAAUUCUUCAGCAUGAUUUCACCAUUGCUGGUGGAUAAAAUUUUUUUUCAAUAAAUAUGCUAUAUUGAAAUGGAAA